CUUCUAUUAAUAAAAUGCCCCUCCUCCCGGCCUCUCGUCCUCCCCUCCUCUCUCUUUCUGGAGAAGAAAAGGGAAGACGUACACCAAGUUCAAGAAGAAAGCUUUGUAUUCUUAUGGGUUGUGUGUGAAUUCUAAAACCAAGGCAAAGCAAAAGUCUUCCCUUUUACACCUUUCAAUCUCCGACAAAUGGAGGAUUAACAAUCUAGGGCUUCAUAUCUCAACAAAGUCUACCGAGGUCUGUUCCUUUGGUGCUCCUCUAACUUCAGUUUCUAUCUUUUUCCCUAAUGAUAUAGCUCCUGUGCUUAAUUUGAUUUUCUGGGCUCAAUUUUUCUUCUUCAUAAAUUAAAGCCUUUGGGGUGCUUAAUUAAUUUCUUGGGAUUUUUAUUAAAAGGGAAUUCUUUUGUGGCACCCAAAAAUGAUCGUGGGCUUUGUGUUUUUACCCUGAAGAUCUUUUACUAAACUAGGUUCUUGUGAUUUUUGGAGUUCUUUUGCUCUGCUUUUGCCUGGUUACUUUGGCUUUUGGCCCUUUUGGUGAUUAAGAUAUUUCUGGGAGAGUGGGACUAUUAUGGAGGAGGUUGAAGAAGCUAACAAAGAAGCUGUGGAGAGCUGCCAUAGAGUUCUGGGUUUGUUGUCUCAACCCCAAGAUCAGGUCCAGUGUAGGAAUUUAACGGUUGAAACUGGAGAGGCUGUGUUUAGGUUCAAGAGAGUUAUUUCUCUUCUAAAUUCUGGGUUAGGUCAUGCCAGAGUUAGGAAACUCAAGAAAUUACUGACCCCUUUAUCCCAAAGCAUCCUUUUAGAUAACCCACACCAUGGGACUGAUCUUCCAUCCAAGAAUUUUCAGUUUCUCCAAUCUGGUAGUUACUUUGAUAGCCACCCAAUUCAGGAAUUGGGUUCAAAUGCUAAGAAUUCCCUUUGUUUUGGGGCCCCACCUUUGGAGCUGAGUUCAAACGGGAAAAACCCUCUUCACCUUCCCCAACAAACACCGUCAACACAUUAUCACUUCCUUCAGCAACAACAACGAUUACAGCUCCAACAGCAGCAGCAAGCUGAGAUGAUGUUUAGAAGGAGCAAUAGUGGGAUUAAUCUGAACUUUGAUAACUCUAGCUGUACGCCUACAAUGUCAUCUACUAGAUCUUUCAUAUCUUCCUUGAGUAUAGAUGGUAGUGUGGCUAAUUUAGAAGGAAGUGCGUUUCAUUUGAAUGGGGCACCUCGGUCCUUGGAUCAGAGUUCACAGCAACACAAGAGAAAGUGUUCUGGAAGGGGAGAAGAUGGGAGUGUGAAAUGCGGAAUCAGUGGAAGAUGCCAUUGCUCAAAGAAGAGGAAACAUAGGGUAAAGAGGUCAAUCAAGGUACCUGCUAUUAGCAACAAGCUUGCUGAUAUACCUCCUGAUGAUUAUUCGUGGAGGAAGUAUGGGCAGAAGCCAAUCAAGGGUUCUCCUCAUCCUAGGGGAUAUUAUAAAUGUAGCAGCAUGAGAGGUUGUCCUGCAAGGAAGCAUGUUGAGAGGUGCUCGGAAGACCCAUCCAUGCUUAUUGUUAGUUACGAAGGUGAACAUAACCACCCAAGGAUACCAUCACAAUCCGCAAACACAUAGUCCUUAUGUGGCGCUUUCAAGCCUCGCACCUUUUGAUUAGUCUAAACUCAUUUAUUGGAUGGCUUCUGUACAUAUUUUUCCUUUUCUUAAAGAUCUUUUUUUUUUCCUCGACUCUUUGGCGUUGGCUCUUCAAAGUCUUAUUACCAAUUAGGCCAGCAAGCUUGAAGCAAAACACCAAUCAAAAGGAAAAUUUAGAAAUGGGGCUUUAAAUUGUGAGAACUUUUUCAUUUUCCAUGAAUCAAUGUUUGAAACAGUUCCAGAUA